CUUGAUGUCAAGCCUUCGUUCACAAAGCAUUAUAAUAAUGUCGGUCACUGUUAAAGGAAUGUUCUCAUAUCUUAAAGAGAGAGGAGUGAUUAAAGAUCACAAUGAUGAAACUAAUGAGCCUCUUUCUAAUGAACAUGUAGAAGAAAACAUAAGCAAUUCCAAGUGGUUAAGACGAAGAAAACCAACAAGAGAAAUGAUUGACAGACUUAGACGUGGUAGAUGUGUAAGGGAACAUGCUCCUGUUCGAGGAGAAUCUGUCCGAACAGAGAUUAUGAGUGCAUCAAUGGAUUCUAUCCUAGAGUAUGACUCUAGUACCGCUAGUGAAGACGGUGCCAAUACCUCCAAUAUAAGCAAUGAUGUUGCAGUACAAUAUGGACUUAAUGAAGAUGUUGAAAUGGAGGAUGCAGGUGACGUGGAGGGCAAUCAAUUGCUGAGAAAUAAAGGCGACAUACAGAUCACAAGACCUAAUACCAGUGCAUCAAUGGAUUCCAUUCAAGAGUGCCAAAGUAAUAGCACUGAUGACAAUGAUAGUGUUGAGCCAAUGGAAAUUGACGAGGAUAAUGAAAACGAACAUGAAAUGGUGCAAAAUGAUGUAGUUCCCCAGAUAGAUGAAAACAAUGCAAACAGGAAAAAGAAAAAUGUCCUUCCGCCUUGCCCAGCAUUGUGCAAAAAGAAAUGCACAGAAAAAAUAAUCAAAGACCAAAGGGAAGGAAUUAACCAAGAAUAUUGGAUGUUGUCUAAGGAGCAACAACGAGUAUGGCUCCUAAGCUAUGCUGAGGCAACUGUUCCAAAACGCACCAACCCAAAUGCUACCAACCCACGGAAACACACAUACACAUAUUCGCUGAUGAGUGAAGAUUAUGGAAAUGUACAGGUAUGCAGAUCAUUUUUCCUCACGACAUUGGGAUUCAAGUCCACUAGCAAUUGUGUCAUAACAUGGCUUUUUAAGUUAAUCGCUGAGCAAGGGACAGGGGUAUAUGCUCCUAAAGAUGGACGAGGCCGACACGGAAACCAUGCACACAAGCUUUCAGAUGAAAAGAAAAAAGUCAUAAAAGACCAUAUAAUGUCCACCAUCCAUGCAUUUCACAUUAUCGUAGGGAACAUGCACCAAACAGACUUUACUUAA